AUGGCCGACGAAACGAAAUACAGACUGCUAGGAGAGCAAGACGAGAGCAAUACCGAGAAAGUGCCUCUUGAGGUACAUCAGGACCUUAUUAAGCGGCUUCGAAGAUCCCGCAUGCUUUCCCUGGCCCUCGCGGCAUUGUGUAUGAUCUUGGCAGUACUUGAGAUAUUCAAUUUCAAGCCUGAGGUUCUGUACCCUCAACUGGCUUCCGAGCCGCUCCUCGGAGAAGAUCCAACAGGAUUUGUGCCUAAAGAAAUAGGCGGACCUGUCAAGUACACAGACAUACCAGAAAAGGAUCCUUAUCGUAUCAGUCUAGAUACAUUUGACAGUCUUGAUGCUGUUAAAGCGAUGGUGGACCGACUGAGGGUGAUAAGCAAUUAUGAUGGCAAGGCCCAUAAGCUCGUGACAUAUGAUUGGGCGAAUUCAGGCCACGAAAUGUAUGGCCUUAGAGGUCUGCAUCAGAUGCACUGUAUAGAGACCUUUAUUGAAGAAUAUGGCCACAGACUCCACGGUCAGGCGUCUGUUUGGGAGCCCUCACAUAUGGCGCAUUGCAUCAAUAGCCUCCGUGAGGCGGUCACUUGUUUCGCAGACGCAUCUGUCAUUUCUUUCCUUCCCGGGCACGACAAUAUAGGGGAUGGACAGCGGUAUCGGUGUAGGGAUUAUUCAGCACUUCAGAGGUGGGCGGAAGAGACCUUUCGAUAA